GCCAGGGGAGGGGUAUGGGAGAGGGGCUCCCAGAGCACACUCCAGUCCAGGCAGGGGCCUCACGCCCUGACUCCCUGCAGGGUGGAGGUGGCCAGCGGGCUGACCCUGUGCAAGGAGGGCUGUGAGGCCAUUGUGGACACAGGCACCUCCCUCAUGGUGGGCCCCGUGGAUGAGGUGCGCGAGCUGCAGAAGGCUAUCGGGGCCGUGCCGCUGAUCCAGGGCGAGUACAUGAUCCCCUGUGAGAAGGUGUCCACCCUGCCCGCGAUCACGCUGAAGCUGGGAGGCAAAGGCUACAAGCUGUCCCCAGAGGACUACACGCUCAAGGUGUCGCAGGCCGGGAAGACCCUCUGCCUAAGCGGCUUCAUGGGCAUGGACAUCCCGCCACCCAGCGGGCCACUCUGGAUCCUGGGCGACGUCUUCAUCGGCCGCUACUACACUGUGUUUGACCGCGACAACAACAGGGUGGGCUUCGCCGAGGCUGCCCACCUCUAGUUCCCAAGCCGUCGGCGUGCCAGCACAGAAACAGAGGAGAGUCCCAGAGGAGGAGGCCCCUGGCCCCCCGGCACCUCCCACACGUAGUCACACACACUCACACACUUGCCCGCCCACUGCCCUGGGCGCCCUGGAAGCUGGCGGCCCAAGCCAGACCUGCUGUUUUGUUCUGUGGUUUUCCCCUCCCUGGGUUCAGAAACGCCACCUACCUACCUACCUGUCCACCUGUCUGUCUCUCCACCUGUCCGUCUGUCCGUCUGUUUGGUGGGGGUAGAGCUGAUCUGGAGCACAGAUCUGUUCCAUACACUUGGAAGACCCCGCCCAAGCUUGGCAGCCGAGCUUGUGUAUCCUGGGGCUCCCUUCAUCUCCAGGGAGUCCGCUCCCCAGCCCUACCAGCGCCCACUGGGCUGAGCCCCCACCCCACACCAGGCCGUCCUCCCGGACCCUCCCUUGGAAACCUGCCCUACCCGAGGGCCCCUAUGCGGAGUUUGGGCCCAGCUGGGCUCUGCCACCCCUACCUGUCCAGUGUCCUGGCCCAUUGUGGAUGAGGCCAGUGGAGGCCUGAGGAUGAGCUGGAAGGAGUGAGAGGGGAUAAAACCCACCUUCUGGACCCUGCGCGGUGAUCCUGGGACUGAGCCCAUCCCUGGGGCAUGCAUUGGCCUGGAGGUGGGGCUGGGACUAGGGGCUGGGGUCAGCCUUCCUCUGCAGCUGACUUCUGCUGUCCUCCCCUUGGGCGACCGAGAGCCCCAGCUGAUGUGGAAAUACAGUUGUUGGCCUCCCCUC